AGACGAGCGAUGCGAGAUAAGCCGCGGAACGGCUCUUCAUGGACUACAUGCGGGGGCAAACAUAUGGGACCAACAUCGUCGAGAUAGCGGUGAACAUACGAGAGAUAAGAAAACAAAGAAGACGUUCUAGGAUGCAUCUUCUCUCCAUUCUGGACGAUAAGCCACAUCAACAUCAGAGAACGGUAUAAUCGCCUGUUGCUCGUCACGCUAUCGUCAGUUAACGAAAGAAAAAGAUCCGCCAAUUGGAUGGCACGAGGGCGGUGAUGGGUCGUCAUCUGUGCUGCGUCUUCGGAGUUAAUUAUGAAGUAACAGAUAAAUAGAUCUCUCUAGAUCUCUUGAAUCAUACACAUCGAUAAGACGCGACUCCGAUGUCGGCUCGAAUUCGAAUUCCGAAGUCACCAGUGUCUGUUAGUUGCAAGCGGAGGAAGCAUUGAGGAAACUGAGGCUGCAAAUGGCAGUAUCAAUAAACUGAAGGAUGAUCUGAAAUUAAGGGCAUUCUAUAAAACUUGAAAAAAAAACUACUUGUUGCAUUCAUUGCAUCAAAGGCCACAUCUCCGGAAUCGCCAAGAAAAAUAGGACAGACGUUCCAUUCUCGUCUCACACGGCUACGAUUACAAAUAUUGGUGCGUUAAAAGAAGGCCAGCCGAAGGAGGAAACCGUGAUGCAAGCUUUGUCUUCCCAGGACAAGCGUCACCACAGCAAACGCACACAAUGGAGGCAAUGGCUAGCAUGUAUAUCAGCGACCCUAUCUAUGGUAGCGGUCGGUACUGUUUAUGGAUGGACCACCACGUCUCUUUCGCGACUCACGUCCGACGACAGCGACAUUCCAGUGAAGAUUACCCAAGACGAAAGCUCGUGGAUCGUAUCGCUGACGGUGAUCGGUUCGAUGAUCGGUCCAUUCCUCGGAGCGGGCCUCGCCGAUCGAUAUGGCCGUAAGAGAUCUCUCCUGUUUGCCAGUGGUUUCUUCAUCGUCGGCUGGACAAUCGUCUUUUUCGCUCGGAGCGUCGCGGCUCUCUACAUCUCGAGGAUAAUUCUAGGCAUCGGCGUGGGUAUAUCGUAUACCGCUAACCCGAUGUACGUGUCGGAAGUAGCUGACAUCGGUAUUAGGGGUGCUCUCGGCACCCUGAUCUCCGUGAACGUGUUCACCGGUUCCUUACUGACAUGCAGUAUCGGUCCCUGGGUAUCUUAUCAAGUUCUAGCGGCCAUACAACUCGCAAUACCCAUUCUCUUCGUGGUGUGCUUUUCCUGGUUUCCAGAGACUCCCGCCUUUCUUGCAGCCAGGGGUCGCAGAGCGGAGGCUACCAGAGCCCUGGCGUUCUUUAAAGGGAUACGCGAUCGUGACGAGGCUAGAAGAGAGCUAGAACACUCUCUGCGUAACAAUUUGUUCGAGGACGUUUGCAACAACAUUCCGUCGACCGGUCCCGGGGCGCCAACAGAACCGGUCAAGCGUAGUUGGAUUGUUAAAGUGAAGCUAAUGCUGUCGCCCAGCAACGUCCGUGCUCUCGGCAUCAUUCUCGGUCUCAUCAUGGCGCAGCAACUUAGCGGGAACUUUAGUACUAUGCAGUAUCUCGAAGUACUCUUCAAGAAGAUGGCCGUCGGCAUCGACUCCAACAUGGCUACAAUACUCGUCCUCGCGGUCGGUCUCAUCUCGUCCGGAUUAUCGACCGCGACCGUUGAAGGCGCGGGCAGACGUCCGCUGCUGAUAGCCUCCACCUUAGGUUCCUCCAUUACGCUCACGAUCCUCGCGGUAUACCUUAUGCUGGAUGGACGAGGCGUGGAUAUGUCCGCGGCGAAUCUUCUUCCGGUCGUUGAUGUAAUCGCCUUUCAAGUAGCCUUUCAGAUCGGAUUGGGCACGUUACCGAGCGCGUUGAUCGGUGAAUUGUUUCCCACCGAGGUGAAGGGAUUAGCCGGAGCCAUUAUCACUAUCUUUGACGGCGUUCUCGGCUUUGCCGUCUCUAAGCUAUAUCAGGUGAUCGGUGACUCGCUGGGCGCCGACAUCGUUUACUACUUCUUUGCGGCUUCGUGCUUAUUCGCGUUUGUAAUGGUGAUAUUCCUCGUACCCGAGACCAAGGGACGGACGUUCCGCGAAAUUCAGGAACUUUUGAGGUUUCGGAGCGGCGACAAGAAAAUGGAGAACGUCGAAAGUUCGCAGAAUCGAAAUAACGUGGCGUGACAGAAAGAGCCGUGCCGCGCUCUAUGCUGGACGUGGCGUCAACUCGCUUAUCCAACGUUAUCAAACAUUUUUUUCGAAGCGACAAACUUUGAGACGGCAAUUACUUACCCUUACUUGUAUAUAUGCAGUAGCUUUGUAUAUGCGAUAAAAAGCGAGUCGCUAAGGCGAAAUCGUCUUUGCUGCUUGGCUUGUGUUCUCCACGAUUUUCCUCACAUCCCCACUCGAGAAAUAAAGAUCUUGUUAAACUCA